GCACCUAAUAUAUAAAUAUAACUUUUUGUUGGGUGCUAACCUAAUAAUCUUUAUGUAUCUUCUCUCUGAAAAUUGCUCACCCAAAUUACUUGUUGGAGUAACCUUCAGAGUCACAAUUCUGUCUUCAAAUUAAUACUCACGAGUCAUAGCAUAGAUGUGAGUAGAAGAAAAGAAUGGGUGGGUAUGGUGGCAGUAACUGCAGGCCUGUUAUGGCCCUAAUUGGGUUACAAUUGAUGAAUGCAGGGAUUGCUCUCUUCAUUAGAGCUGCCCUUUUGCAGGGAUUGAAUUCUAUGGCCUUUGUUGUCUACAGGCAUGCCAUAGCAACUCUGAUCAUAGCUCCUCUAUCUUAUGUUUCAACAAGGAGGAUUUCUUACAAGACUCCUUUGAGAUUAAGGAGCUUUGCCUGGAUUUUUCUUGCCUCUCUUGGGCUAACUGCAAAUCAAUUUCUCUACUUUGAAGGACUACACUUAGCCUCUUCAACUGUAGGAAGUGCAACGAAUAAUCUGAUCCCUGCAAUCACUUUUGUUAUGGCAACCAUUCUGGGGAUGGAGAAAGUAAAAGUGGUAAGCUUGAGAAGUAUGGCCAAGAUUAUAGGUACAAUCUUCUGUGUGAGUGGAGCCAUUUCCAUGGCGUUUCUCAAAGGUCCUAAACUGUUAAACACAGAAUUGCAACCACCAAAAUCUUCAUCCGGCAUUGAAAUUGACAAUUAUUGGUUAUUGGGAUGUCUACUUCUUUUCGGAAGCAGUUGUUUCUAUUCACUUUGGAUGAUUUUGCAGGUCCCCAUUUCAGCAAGUUGUCCUGAUCACUUGUAUUCAUCUGCUUGGAUGGGUUUCUUGGUUAUGAUAGAAUCGGCAGCGGUUACACUUCUUGUAACUAAAGAUAGUGCAGCUUGGAAUUUGAACUCAUAUCUUGAAAUCAGUUCUUGUUUAUAUGCGCAGGGAAUUGUACAGUCUUUGAUCUUCUUCAUUCAAGCAUGGUGCAUUUCUCAAAGAGGUCCCCUCUUUGCUGCAAUGUUCAAUCCUUUAUCCACAGUUAUAGUGACUAUUAUAGCUGCUGUAUUUCUACAUGAAGAGACAUAUGUUGGGAGCUUGAUCGGUGCAUUAGCUGUGAUAAUUGGUCUGUAUAUUGUGCUAUGGGGUAAAGCCAAAGACCAUGAAGAAAUUAAGAAAGAUAUGCACUUGGAGCUACAAAAUGAUAAUUCAAGCAUUUUACAAGUGACAGCAGAUGAAUCUUUAGAGAAGAGGAAUUGUACAGCUGAUUUGGAAGUGCCACUUAUUUCUCAUAAAUCUGUCGAUAUUAAUUAAUGAGGAUAAUCAAUUUCAUUUUCCUUGAUUAA